AUGUGGCAGAGCCCGCAGAGCCCUCCCCCGCCGAGCGAGCGUCGGCACGGUGGAGGGUACUUGAAACUCUGGCGAGAUGAUCAGAGCGGCGAUAUUUGCGAGGCCGGGGGUCGCUCGCUGCAUCCUUUUUGCUCGCGGGAGCGCGCGACGCUAGGCGGGCGGGAGGAAUCUGCCCGCCGUCACUCACGUCGACUCGUUCGCCACGGUCGUGUGUCCGUACCUCUCCUGUCCGCGACGUACGAUCGCCCCGAACCUAGCCGGCAC